CCAGUGCACCCAGAGGGACAGUCGGUAGUGCGCAGGCGGUCGUGGCGGUGACACAACGUUCAUUCGAAUUCCUUCGAAGAGAGCGUGCGUGUGCGCGUGGCAUAAUUGUUUACAAACAAUCCUUCCUGCGUUUGAUACUGAUUGGCAAGGAUUAAAUUUUAAAAGAGACCAAAAACUUAACAACCAGUUUGCUUAAUACUGUUAUCCGGGUAUGAUAUCGUUAUCUACAAGAUAAAAAAACAAACAAACAUAAGGAGAUAAGAUUAAUUCGAACAAAUGGAAGUGAAAUUUAACAAUGGUUGCCUACAUUUAUAAACAUUAGCUAUUUCUGCUAACAAUGAAACCUGUUAAAACAUUAUUAGAAUAGUAAAAUAAGUGAUUGUGAAAACAAUAACAAAAUGUGGAUAAAGAAAGUAUUUAAUUCGUUUUCUACUUUUUUGAAAAAGGCUUUUGUAAAGUGUAAUAAGAAGAGCAAACUUAAGCCGCAGCUGCAGCCGAGCAUGUCCAGCAUUCUGGAAUCCCUGGAUCUGGAACAUGAGUACUCUCCCAGCAGGUGGUCGGAGCGCUUUCCGACAGCCCAGGAGGUGCUAUAUAAUCAUGUUCGCUUUGUUACAGAAGCCAGCGAAGAAGCAACAAACAAUAUUCCACACAAAUUAGAAAUUGAAUACGGAUCCACGCCAGGACAAAAAUUGGAUAUUUUUGGCACCGAUUUACCAGAUGAUUCACCAAUCCUCGUGUACGUCCACGGCGGUUAUUGGCAGGAGUUGUCCCGUGAGAUGUCCCGGUACCCGGCGCUGCCGCUGUACCGGUCCCGCGUGAAGACCGUCGUGGUGGGCUACGACCUCUGCCCCGUGGCGACCCUCGCUGAAAUAGUCAACCAGAUCCAGAACGCCGCUCGCUUCGUCUUCGAAUAUGCUGAGAAAAUGGGCAGUAGAGGAUUGUACUUCGCUGGACAUUCUGCUGGUGCUCAUUUGGUGGCAAAGCUUCUUUCCAGCUCCGACUUCCUCGACAGCGUAGUAGGGUCCCCCCGAUUGCAAGGCGCUUUCCUCAUCUCCGGCAUUUACGACCUUCGAGAGAUCAUCCAUACGUCUGUCAAUGAUGCCGUCCAGCUCCCGACAGAAUGGGCUGUACCUCUCUCGCCCCAAUUCGACUGUUUUAAACAUCUGCAAGGAAGACGAAUUCGCAUUUACAUCUUGGCAGCCCAAAAUGAUAGUCCCACGUUUAAAAAACAAUCGCGGGAGUUCUUUGAACUAUUACAGAAUACUUGUCUGAUCCAACACAUGUACCUGGAGAUUAAGGACGACAUGGAUCAUUUUGAUAUCGUUGAGUGUUUCGCGAAACAAAACAACUUCCUCAAUAGCCUUUUGGUUCACGAUAUUCGGAAGCAUUUGUAAUUUGAUAGAUCCACAUAUUUAUUUUGUUGGAACGUUUUAUUUGACGUAAUGUUGAUAAGAAAUAUUUGUACUAAAAUGUGUGUUCAUAAGUUUUAAGAAAAUUGUAUACUUUGAUAGGUAAUUAGUGUUAGAAUCGCUAGAUAACUUUAGACUAAAGUACAUUGUAACCUUGAUUGAUAUCCUUGCAUAAUCGAAUGUACCUAAUAUUUAAGAGUUGUAUUGUACAAUCAAAUAUACCUUGGAUGAUUUUAUGAGAACCCUUAUUAAACUGCAUGGGCGAUAUUUGUCAAUGAUGAAGUGUAUACGGGUCUAUUUUUACUUUUGAAAAAGAAUUGUACCGUGUAAGUACUUGAUAUUGUCAAAGAGAAUAUGUGUGUCCAAUGGUCUGACUACUAAGGAUGCCUAAGGAUGCUGACAACCGUGCGAAGUUAAGAAAAAAAAGUUAAUAUCGCAGCCAAUAGUAGCCUGCCAAAUCAGUUCGCUAUUCGUAUAGAUAAAUUUUGAACAAUUUCAAUCUGGAAAAAAAUCUGGAAUCUCUUUACUUCAUAUGACAUUUUCUGUAAAUCAAUAAGCAUGUUCCUAAAUUCUAGUUGUAUAGUGCUGAUUAAAAGACACUGCUAUUUUAAAAGUUAGGAAGUAAGCAGUUAGUCAUUGCAAUCAUAUAUCAAUUUUGUGAUGUAAUAUUAAAUGUUGAUUUCAGUUUGAUAUUGGUAACUAUCGUUGUCUAUGUUAUAUAAGUAAAUACUUUUUAUAAACCA